AUGGCCAUUCUUCCUAUUAUCCUUCUUGUUGCCAACCUACUUUCCUCCUUCUUUAAAAUUUCUGAUGCAACAGAUACCAUUACCCAGUUUCAGUCACUUCCAGAUGGCAAGACCUUGGUUUCAAACGAUGGAAGCUUUGAGUUGGGUUUCUUCAGUCCAGGUAGUUCCACAAACCGCUACGUUGGAAUAUGGUACAAAAAUAUCCCAUUUAGAACUGUUGUUUGGGUUGCCAACCGUGACAAUCCAAUCAAAGACAACUCAAGCAUGUUGAUCAUAAGCACAGAGGGAAACCUUGUUCUUCUCAAGCAGAACAACACUGUUAUUUGGUCAACAAAUGCAACAACAAAGGGAUUAGGUGUCACAGCACAACUCUUAGAUUCUGGCAACUUGGUUCUAACAGAUGAUCAAAAAGACAAUAGUCCUCAAAAUUACUUGUGGCAGAGCUUUGACUACCCUUGUGAUACAUUAUUGCCAGGAAUGAAGUUAGGAUGGGACUUCAAAACUGGCCUUAAUAGGCGUUUAAGUGCUUGGAAGAACUGGGAUGAUCCAUCUUUUGGAGACUUUACAUGGGGUUUGGUACCUACCAAUAACCCUGAAGAUGUGAUGUGGAAAGGCUCUGAAGAGUAUUCCAGAAGUGGUCCUUCUGAUGGCAUUCAUUUCAGCGGUUCACCAUCAUUGAUGUUCAAUUCAGUUGUCAAUUACACGUACGUGUUCAAUAAGGAUGAAUUGUACAUCACAUAUAGCCUCAAUGACAAGUCAGUGAUUUCAAGAAUUGUCAUGAACCAAACAACGUAUGCUCGUGAGCGCUUAACAUGGAGUAAUGUUACUCAAACAUGGAGGAUGUCUUCGACUAUACCAACUGAUUACUGUGACAACUAUAAUGUUUGUGGUGCGUUUGGGAACUGUGUCAUUGGUGAGUCCCCUAUUUGCAGGUGUAUAAAUGGGUUCGAGCCAAAAUCACCCAAUAAUUGGACCCAAAUGGAUUGGACACAAGGAUGCGCGCAAAACAAAACAUGGAGCUGCAGGGUGAAGGGCAGAGAUGGUUUCCUCAAAUUCAGUAACAUGAAGGGUCCUGACACUAAAAGUUCAUGGGUAAAUGAAAGUAUGACACUUGAUGAAUGCAAGAACAAAUGCUGGGAAAACUGUUCCUGUUCUGCUUUUGCAAAUUCAGAUAUCAGGAGAGAAGGUAGUGGCUGUGCCAUUUGGUUUGGUGAUCUGAUAGAUCUAAGACAGAUGGCAAAUGGUGGACAAGAUCUCUAUAUUAGAUCGGCGGUGUUGGAUACAGGUAUACACGAGCUUCUGUUUUGA